AUGCCGCGUUACCAGGCCCUGCCGGAAGUGGUUAGUGUCGUGAACCAGCGCGUCAUCUCUUCCCUCUGCGGUGCCGCUGUCCAGCGUUCUUUGUUCUCUCUCUACAAGUCAACCUUCGCAACUGUUUGUCAAUUGGCGAGGAUGCCUCCACGAAAGCGACAGGCUUCCUCUUCUACGAAAGCUUCGGAACCAUCCGGGAGGCGACGAUCAACGAGGGCCAGUUUCGGGAAGAAGAGCGGCUACUUCGAGGACAAUGACGACUUGGACGAAUUAAUAGACAUCAAACCGCCUUCUCCUUCAAAACGGGCUCGGACAUCCAAUGCGCCAAAGAGCCGGACUCGAAGGAAGGUCACGUUCAUACCGCACAAGCAGCUGCGCGGCCUGAACGGAGUCGACUACGCCGACAGCCACGUCCACCCCAACACGAUGCUAUUUCUGCGCGAUCUCAAGGCCAACAAUCGGCGGGUCUGGCUGAAGGAAAACGACGCCGAAUACCGCCGCUCGCUCGGCGACUGGCAGUCCUUUGUCGAGUCGCUCACCGAACGGCUCAUUGCCGAGGUCGACGACACUAUCCCUGAGCUGCCUUCCCGCGACGUCAUCUUUCGCAUCUACCGCGACAUCCGCUUCUCCAAGGACAGCACCCCCUACAAGGCCCACUACUCGGCCGCUUGGUCGCGUACCGGCCGCAAGGGCCCCUAUGCCUGCUACUACGUCCACUGCGAGCCCGCCGGCUGCAUCGUCGGCGGCGGCCUAUGGCACCCCGACCCCCCCAACGUUCAGCUGCUGCGCGCCAGCAUUGACGAGCGGUCCCAUCGCUGGCGACGUCUGCUGGCCGGCACCGGUGGCCGUGGCGCCGAUCCCGACGCCUUCCGCCGUGCGUUUCUGCCGACGGCCAAGCACGGCAACGAGGCUGCGGCUAUCAAGGCCUUUGCCAAACUCAACAGCAGCGACGCCCUCAAGACAAAGCCAAAGGGCUUUACUGCCGACCACCGCAACAUUGAGCUGCUCAAGCUUCGCAACUUCACGGCCAUGAAACGGAUUCCUGACUCCUUCUUCACCGAUGUGGAUGGUCAGGACAAGAUUAUCGAUCUUAUGAAGGCCCUGUCUGGCUAUGUGGCCCAUUUGAACCGGAUUGUCAGGCCGGACCCGAAUGAUGCUGACGAUACGGAUUCAGAGGGUGACGAAGGCGACGAGGACAAUGGUGAUGAGGGUGAAAAUGACGAGGAUGAAGACGAAGACUCCUGA